AUGGCGUUCAUCGACCUGAACGAUGGGAGCGCGAUCUCGGGGAUGCAAGCGGUGGUGAACGAGGGAAGCGCGGCGUGGGACGCGCUCGACGCGGGCGGCGUCUCCACGGGGGCGGCGCUCAGGGUGAAGGGGAAACUCGUGGCGAGUCCGGGAGGGAAGCAAGCGGCGGAAUUGGCGGUGGAGGAGAUUGAUGUCAUCGGAACGGCGGAUCCGGAGACGUAUCCGCUGCAAAAGAAGCGACACACGCUGGAAUAUCUUCGAAGCAUCGCGCACUUGCGACCUCGCACAAACACCAUCGGCGCCGUGGCUCGCGUGCGCAAUCAGUUGGCGUACGCGACGCACACGUUCUUUCAAGAGCAUGGGUUUUUAUACGCCAACACGCCGAUCAUCACCGCGUCGGAUUGCGAAGGCGCUGGGGAACAGUUUCAAGUGACGACGCUGUUGAACGGCUUCGGCGCCGGCGAGUGGACGACGCCGGCCUCGGUCGUGGACGAGCAAGAAGCCAUGAAUAAGGAUGGUUCCAUCGACUAUUCUCAAGACUUCUUCGGCAAACCGUCUUAUUUGACCGUGUCUGGGCAAUUGAACGGUGAAAUCAUGGCUUGCGCGGUCAACGACAUCUACACCUUCGGUCCGACGUUCCGCGCGGAGAAUAGCAACACGUCGCGCCACCUGGCUGAGUUUUGGAUGGUAGAGCCCGAACUCGCGUUCGCGGAUUUGAACGACGACAUGGAUUGCGCAGAAGCGUACUUGAAGUAUUGCCUGAACCACGUCCUCGAGCACUGCGACGAAGAUCUUGAAUUCUUCGAGAAGAACAUCUCCAAAGACAACCUGAGAGAGCGACUUCGAAACGUCGCGUCGCAAGAGUUUGCGCGCAUCACGUACACCGAAGCCGUCGAGCACGUGUUGAACGCGAAGAAGAAGUUUGAGUUCCCAAUCGAAUGGGGAUCGGAUCUUCAGAGCGAGCACGAGCGGUACAUCUCAGAAGAAGUCUUCAAAGAUCGCCCCGUGAUCGUGCGCGAUUAUCCGAAAGAUAUCAAGGCGUUCUACAUGCGUCUCAACGACGACAACAAAACCGUCGCCGCAAUGGACGUCUUGGUGCCCCGCGUUGGUGAGUUGAUGGGUGGUAGCCAAAGAGAAGAACGCCUUGAUGUCUUGGAGCGCCGAAUCGAAGAGGUUGGUUUGGAAAAGGAGUCGUACUGGUGGUACUUAGAUUUGAGACGAUACGGUUCGCAGCCGCACGCCGGUUUCGGCCUCGGUUUUGAACGCCUCGUUCAGUACGUCACAGGUGUGGAGAACAUUCGUGACGCCAUUCCUUUCCCCCGUUACCCGGGUAGCGCUGAGUUCUAG